GUUUUUUGGGUACAAUAUUUUGCCUUGGAACUGCACCAGAAGAUGUCAAGCCAGUAAUUGAACAACAACUAGGCGCGUUCUCAACAGAGGACCAACUGCAGCUUGGAAUUUUAAAACAUAUUUUUACGAUACUAACUGGUGAAGUACCAUCAGAUUUAGAUGAAACUCUGCACCCUCACACUUCUUGGAGUGAAAAAAUAGAUGCUUAUAUCAAAAUGAUGGCCGGUCGUAUAAUACAAACAAAGGAAUAUGUGAAAGCGAUAGUACAAUCUGUAUAUGCAAGAAUUCUUAGCAUCAAACAGUACGACUCUUCAAAUUUGCCUAAACUGAAAUCUACAGUCGUACUACUCCGCUCUCCAGGAUAUUCGUCAACUUCAUCUGCAUCAUCAUACGUAACUGAAGAUUUAUCAGCACCACUUUGUGAUGCUGCCAAAGAUGUGCGAUGUGCAGCCAUCAUCAAUAACAAUUUGUCAACUGAAAUAUUGGAAGAAUUCAAAACGAAGAAUCUGUGUGAUAGCUUUGUGAUAAAAUUUGACGACAAUUACUAUAAGUAA